ACCGAGUUUGGGAAACCUUGAUCUACCUGGUGCUGCAAGUGAACAAGUCUUACGGGCAAGUAUUCCUUAAAUAUUUUAUAUAAAUAUAGUCCAACUGCAAGAUGGAAUAUAUUGUCUAGGGAGAGGAAUAUAUUGUCUAGGGAGAGGAAUAUGUUGUGUAGAGAGGGGAAUAUAUUGUCUAGGGAGAGGAAUAUAUUGUCUAGGGAGAGGAAUAUAUUGUCUAGGGAGGGGAAUAUAUUGUCUAGGGAGAGGAAUAUAUUGUCUAGGGAGAGGAAUAUAUUGUCUAGGGAGAGGAAUAUAUUGUCUAGGGAGAGGAAUAUAUUGUCUAGGGAGAGGAAUAUAUUGUCUAGGGAGAGGAAUAUAUUGUCUAGGGAGAGGAAUAUAUUGUCUAGGGAGAGGAAUAUAUUGUCUAGGGAGAGGAAUAUAUUGUCUAGGGAGAGGAAUAUAUUGUGUAGAGAGGGGAAUAUAUUGUCUAGGGAGAGGAAUAUAUUGUCUAGGGAGAGGAAUAUAUUGUCUAGGGAGAGGAAUAUAUUGUCUAGGGAGAGGAAUAUAUUGUGUAGAGAGGGGAAUAUAUUGUCUAGGGAGAGGAAUAUAUUGUCUAGGGAGAGGAAUAUAUUGUCUAGGGAGAGGAAUAUAUUGUCUAGGGAGAGGAAUAUAUUGUCUAGGGAGAGGAAUAUAUUGUCUAGGGAGAGGAAUAUAUUGUCUAGGGAGAGGAAUAUAUUGUCUAGGGAGAGGAAUAUAUUGUCUAGGGAGAGGAAUAUAUUGUAUAGGGAGAGGAAUAUGUUGUCUAGGGAGAGGAAUAUGUUGUCUAGGGAGAGGAAUAUAUUGUCUAGGGAGAGGAAUAUAUUGUCUAGGGAGAGGAAUAUAUUGUCUAGGGAGAGGAAUAUGUUGUCUAGGGAGAGGAAUAUGUUGUCUAGGGAGAGGAAUAUAUUGUCUAGGGAGAGGAAUAUAUUGUCUAGGGAGAGGAAUAUAUUGUCUAGGGAGAGGAAUAUAUUGUCUAGGGAGAGGAAUAUAUUGUCUAGGGAGAGGAAUAUAUUGUCUAGGGAGAGGAAUAUGUUGUCUAGGGAGAGGAAUAUGUUGUCUAGGGAGAGGAAUAUAUUGUCUAGGGAGAGGAAUAUAUUGUCUAGGGAGAGGAAUAUAUUGUCUAGGGAGAGGAAUAUAUUGUCUAGGGAGAGGAAUAUAUUGUCUAGGGAGAGGAAUAUAUUGUCUAGGGAGAGGAAUAUAUUGUCUAGGGAGAGGAAUAUAUUGUGUAGAGAGGGGAAUAUAUUGUCUAGGGAGAGGAAUAUAUUGUCUAGGGAGAGGAAUAUAUUGUCUAGGGAGAGGAAUAUAUUGUCUAGGGAGGGGAAUAUAUUGUCUAGGGAGAGGAAUAUAUUGUCUAGGGAGAGGAAUAUAUUGUCUAGGGAGAGGAAUAUAUUGUCUAGGGAGAGGAAUAUAUUGAUAUAUUGUCUAGGGAGGGGAAUAUAUUGUCUAGGGAGAGGAAUAUAUUGUCUAGGGAGAGGAAUAUAUUGUCUAGGGAGGGGAAUAUAUUGUCUAGGGAGAGGAAUAUAUUGUCUAGGGAGAGGAAUAUAUUGUCUAGGGAGAGGAAUAUAUUGUCUAGGGAGAGGAAUAUAUUGAUAUAUUGUCUAGGGAGGGGAAUAUAUUGUCUAGGGAGAGGAAUAUAUUGUCUAGGGAGGGGAAUAUAUUGUCUAGGGAGAGGAAUAUAUUGUCUAGGGAGAGGAAUAUAUUGUCUAGGGAGAGGAAUAUAUUGUCUAGGGAGAGGAAUAUAUUGUCUAGGGAGAGGAAUAUAUUGUCUAGGGAGAGGAAUAUAUUGUCUAGGGAGAGGAAUAUAUUGUCUAGGGAGAGGAAUAUAUUGUCUAGGGAGGGGAAUAUAUUGUCUAGGGAGAGGAAUAUAUUGUCUAGGGAGAGGAAUAUAUUGUCUAGGGAGAGGAAUAUAUUGUCUAGGGAGAGGAAUAUAUUGUCUAGGGAGAGGAAUAUAUUGUCUAGGGAGAGGAAUAUAUUGUCUAGGGAGAGGAAUAUAUUGUCUAGGGAGAGGAAUAUAUUGUCUAGGGAGAGGAAUAUAUUGUCUAGGGAGAGGAAUAUAUAUAUAUAUAUAUAUAUAUAUUAAAAUG